AUGUCGAAGGCAGCGAAGAAGAAGUCAAGUAAGAAGAGAUCCGGAUCUGAGGCAACUCAGUUCGACCAAAAAACGAUCAAUGAGUUCAAGGAGGCUUUCGGAAUCAUGGACCAGAACAAAGAUGGGAUCAUUGACAAGGGUGAUCUCAAGGAUCUCUAUGCCACAAUGGGGCAAAUUGCUUCUGAUAAGCAAAUUGAGGACAUGAUCAAGGAGGCCCCUGGACCGAUCAAUUUCACCGUCUUCCUCACACUAUUUGGGGAACGAUUGACAGGGACUGAUCCCGAGUCCACUAUUGUCGGUGCCUUUGCGAUGUUCGACAAAAAGGACUGUGGAAAGAUCAAAGAGGAGGAAUUAAUAAAGAUCCUCCAAAAUAAGCGAGGAGAGCCACUCGAUGAAGAUGAAAUCAAGGCUAUGUACAAGGCAAGUCUACUUUGUGGUAAGCCUCCAAUCGAAAACGGCGAGGUCGACUACAAAGCAUUUGCUCAUCUCAUCACCACCGGAGCUCAAGACGAACUCGCAGCUGCAUAA